CAUGCAGGCUGACUCUGCUUGGAGACCCUUGUCACACAGCCAGCUAGUCACAACACUCAGGACUUCAAAGGCAGUGGAGUGGCCCUGGGGGUGGUCAGCGUGAAAGGUGUGAGUGACAGGAAGACGGACGGACAAUGAGCAGCACUGAGAGUGUGACACAGCAGAAGAGAGGGCAGUAGAUGGAGACAAAGUUUAUAGGAAUUAGAAGAAAGUGUCAAACAGUGCAGUGAGAGAUACAGAGUAUUGGAAUAGAAGGGUUAAAAAAUAUAAAAAAAGGAGGAGAGGUGAGGGAGGCAGAGUUUGGAAAAGACUGGAUUUGAGAUUUUUCUGCUCUCUGGAGUAUGGUGGCAGAGUGCACAUGGAUUUAGUCGACCUCUACCUCCCAGAGUGUUUCACUUACCACUCUGACACAGAACAUUUAGGCAGGAUGUCAGUGAGGGGCUUGGACCCCACCUGUCCCUCCUCAAUAAAGCGUGAGCCCUCCAGUCCCAGCCCAAGUUCCCAGGGGGACGUCAGCCCGGCCCAGCCCAGUCCUGGAAGCUCAUCCUCAGACACAAACUCCAGUUAUGGGCCUCUGAUAAAGGGCCACGGUCACAGCAAUGGGCUGGACUCUCCAGGCCUCUAUGGUCACACAGCGGCCAACAAUGGAGAAACAAAUAGGCGGUUUGGAGAGGAAGACGGCCAAGUGAAGUGUGAAUUCAUGCUCGGUACAGUUGCCAAGCGGUUGUGUCUGGUGUGUGGUGAUGUGGCCUCCGGCUACCACUACGGUGUCGCUUCCUGUGAGGCCUGCAAAGCCUUCUUCAAGAGGACCAUCCAAGGUAACAUUGAAUACAGCUGCCCAGCGUCCAAUGAAUGCGAAAUCACAAAGCGAAGAAGGAAGUCCUGCCAGGCCUGUCGAUUUGUGAAGUGUCUGGCUGUGGGCAUGUUAAGAGAAGGUGUUCGUCUGGACCGGGUUCGAGGCGGCAGACAGAAGUACAAGAGGAGGAUAGACGCUGAGAAUAGCCCUUACCUGCAUCCACAAAAUGCCUUGCCCCAGAAGAAAACAUUUUCAGUCGGGGGUAUGGUGGAGAACAAGGUGGUGUCUCUGCUGCUGGUCGCCGAGCCGGAGGGCAUCUUCGCCAUGCCGGACCCCACUGUUCCAGAGAGUGACAUCAAGGCUCUGACCACGCUGUGCGACCUGGCCGACAGAGAGCUGGUGGUCAACAUCGGCUGGGCCAAACACAUCCCAGGCUUCCCGUCCCUGUCUCUAGCAGACCAGAUGAGUCUGCUGCAGAGUGGCUGGAUGGAGAUUCUGAUCUUAAGAGUGGUGUUCCGCUCGUUGGCUUUAGAGGACAAGCUGGUGUACGCCGAGGACUACAUCAUGGACGAGGAACAGUCGAAGCUGGCGGGGCUGCUCGAUCUCAACAACGCCAUCCUGCAGCUGGUGAAGAAGUACAAAACCAUGGGACUGGAGAAGGAGGAGUUUGUCGUCCUCAAAGCUAUUUCCCUUGCCAAUUCAGACUCCAUGCAAAUCGAAGACUCUGAGGCAGUUCAGAGACUCCAGGAUGUCCUUCAUGGAGCCCUGCAGGACUACGAGGCCAUGCACCACCCAGAGGACCCUCGGCGAGCCGGCAAACUGAUCAUGACCCUCCCUCUUCUCCGUCAAACGGCUGCACGUGCCGUCCAACACUUCUGCAGCAUCAAACAGGACGGCCGCGUGCCGAUGCACAAACUAUUCCUUGAACUGCUGGAGGCCAAAGCCUGAUCUGAACACACUGAGGGGUCAGCUCCAUCCUGACCUCCAACACACAGGUUAAGAUGACAAGAAAUGAAGGACCAUGGGAAAAGCUGGAGUUCGACACCGUGUUUUUGUCCAUUUUAGCUCGCAUUUAAACAAAGUUCUGAACCUGUAAUUGCCAGGAAGCAACUGGACCAUCUGUAGUGCAACAUCCCUCCAACUUCCAUGAAACUUCAAAUGGAAGUAAAUGAGAGACUUUUCAGAGCUGGCAAAUCUGCAAGAGACAUUUGCAACUUCUCCAAACUUCAUCUGAUUGUCUGAAACUCUGAACUCAAUGUGUCGUCCUGGUUUGACGUGGAAGAAGGACGACAGACAGCGUAAAAUCAGAAGAACCGCCUUUUAGAGAUAUUAACAGUUACAUGCCAAAAGUAGAGCUUCUUUUGUCAAAAGACCACCUAAUACUUGAAGAUCCUCCUGGAUUAUUUCAUCCAUCUCGAAGCCUGUUAAUCUGCAUUUUAGUGCAUUUAGAGAGCCUUUAAUGAGUUGAUUUGAUUUGUCCUUUUUUUAUUGGUGAGAUAAAUGUGUCCUAAGAGGCAAGUCUUGCCAAAGAGUAAAGACUCAUAUUAUUGAAAAAUACCAGCAAAUGUCCACAAUAAUAUAAUGUGGCCUGUAAGACACUCACAUAAACCUGCAUCCCUGCUCUGUCGUAUAUCGCAAAAAUAUCUACUUGGGAAACAUUAUGUAGGCAAUUUAAGGGAAUAUAUAAAGUGAUCAACAUCUCAUAAAACAAUAAAGGCCUCUUGAUUUUAGCCGAAAUUUUCAGGGACAGAGAACUACUUAAUGUCAUAAAAUGACUGUGACAGCAAUGUGAUAUUUAUUUCAAAGUGGCUCUGUUGUUUUGCUGUUACUUAUGUGGCAUUAAUGAAGAGUAGAAUAAAGCAAUUACAGUGGAUAAUUUUUUAAAAAGAUUUUUAAAUAUCAUUGUAAGAUAAUUUUUUACUAGCUUCUCUGCUACAGCACUGAUAUCUAUACCAUAUCAUGGAAUUCAAGUCAAAAUGAUUAUAAGUGGAGUAUGUACUUGAAGAUAAUGUCGUAGAGUCGUGUAGAACCAUAGAUAUAAAUAACUUUACCUAUGUAAAAUGGCUGCCAUACUGUAUAAUCUGGAUUAGGGAGGUGCUUGAUGUCCUUUCUAUGGUAGAACUCUAUGUGUAGGAUGAAAUUUGUGCACUACUUUUCCUUUUAGCCAUAAAAUUUGGGGAAACUGGUGGUGGCCCUCUGUUACUCUGUUAGUGUGUUUUGUGUGAAGAAUAGUUAAAUCUGAAAUGUGUCUCUUACGCACAUGUAAAAUGAAGGGAUUGAACUCUGAAGGAAAUUCAGUACAUUAAAUAAAACAUGGAAUUCUUGUUCUUUAUUAGACUCUUUAGGUACUGUGACACUAAAAUGUGCAUAUUUUUGUGGCAAAAUGAUCAGAUGUGGCGGCGAUAUGAGAGUUUAAAUGUACGUACUGUACCUCUGGCUGUAUAUACGUCAUGUCUUAUGCCAACAAGGGAUGUUUAAAGAUGCAAAUAAGCUUUGUUUUGGAUGAGCUGUGCUGUGCUAUCAUUCUCAGGUGGAUUCUUGGGCAAUAAAGAUGAUCCCCUUAAUGCAGA